GUGGUAAUCUCCCGGCUGCUCCAGCCCCUGGCCAAAGGCAGGGGCACGCCCUGUGUCCCACUCCCACGUUCAUAGGACGGCGCCAGGAUCCCUUUUCUCUACUCCGCCCUCUCCUCCCGCACUGUUCCACUGUCCUGCCCAUAAAUUGCAAGAGCAAAGGUAGCACGAUUCCUGCGGGCCGCGACACCGGGCGCUAAACAGUGCAGUCCCGAGCUUCCCCUGCAGAAGCCGCGCUCCUCACUUGGUCCGGGGGUAGAGGGGGCGCGAGAGAGCAAGUGGGCGGGCGUCCUAUUCUCCGCAUCCUCCUCCAGGUCCUGGCGCGCAGGGUGGGAGCGCCGCGCCGCUCCGCGCUGCGCAUCGCGGCCGGCUCGCCGCCUGCCCCCUGCCCUAGCUGGGCCGCCUCCCCCGGCUGCCGGUGGAGGGCUACGAGGCGCUAACGUUACGCUGUUUCCGGUUUUCAAGCGGGCUCUGUUUCCCCUCCCAAGGCGGCGGCGGCGGAGCGGCGGAGCCCCCCAAAUGGCCUGGCCAGAUGCGGCAGGUUUGCUGCUCAGCGCUGCCGCCGCCGCCACUGGAGAAGGCUCGGUGCAGCAGCUACAGCGACAGCAGCAGCAGCAGCGGCAGCAGCAGCAGCAGCAGCAGCAGCAGCGAGAGGAGCAGCAGCAGCAGCAGCCGCAGCAGCAGCAGCGAGAGCAGCAGCAGCAGCAGCAGCAGCAGCAGCAGCAGCAGAGAGAGCAGCAGCAGGAGCAGCAGCAGCAGCAGCAUCUCCUCCCGUCCCGCUGCGCCCCCAGAGCCGCGGCCGCCGCAACAGCCGCAGCCCCGCAGCCCCGCAGCCCGGAGAGCCGCCGCCCGCUCUCGAGCCGCAGCCGCCGGCGGCAUGAGGCGCGACCCGGCCCCCGGCUUCUCCAUGCUGCUCUUCGGUGUGUCGCUCGCCUGCUACUCGCCUAGCCUCAAGUCGGUGCAGGACCAGGCGUACAAGGCACCGGUGGUGGUGGAGGGCAAGGUACAGGGGCUGGCCCCGGCCAGCGGCUCCAGCUCCAACAGCACCCGCGAGCCACCCAGCUCGAGUCGGGUGGCGCUGGUGAAGGUGCUGGACAAGUGGCCGCUCCGGAGCGGGGGGCUACAGCGCGAGCAGGUGAUCAGCGUGGGCUCCUGUGCGCCGCUCGAAAGGAACCAGCGCUACAUCUUUUUCCUGGAGCCCACUGAGCAGCCCUUAGUCUUUAAGACGGCCUUUGCCCCUAUCGACACCAACGGCAAAAACCUCAAGAAAGAGGUGGGCAAGAUCCUGUGCACUGACUGCGCCACCCGGCCCAAGCUGAAGAAGAUGAAAAGCCAGACGGGGCAGGUGGGUGAGAAGCAGUCACUGAAGUGCGAGGCCGCAGCGGGCAACCCUCAGCCCUCCUACCGCUGGUUCAAGGAUGGCAAGGAGCUCAACCGCAGCCGCGACAUUCGCAUCAAGUACGGCAAUGGCAGAAAGAACUCACGACUACAGUUCAACAAGGUGAAGGUGGAGGACGCUGGGGAGUAUGUCUGCGAGGCUGAGAACAUCCUGGGGAAGGACACAGUCCGCGGCCGGCUCCACGUCAACAGCGUGAGUACCACUCUGUCAUCCUGGUCGGGGCACGCCCGGAAGUGCAACGAGACAGCCAAGUCCUACUGCGUCAAUGGAGGUGUCUGCUACUACAUCGAGGGCAUCAACCAGCUCUCCUGCAAAUGUCCAAACGGAUUCUUCGGACAGAGAUGUUUGGAGAAACUGCCUUUGCGAUUGUACAUGCCAGAUCCUAAGCAAAAAGCCGAGGAGCUGUACCAGAAGAGGGUCCUGACUAUCACCGGCAUCUGCGUGGCUCUGCUGGUGGUGGGCAUUGUCUGCGUUGUCGCCUACUGCAAGACCAAAAAACAGCGGAAGCAGAUGCACAAUCACCUCCGGCAGAACAUGUGCCCUGCCCAUCAGAACCGGAGCUUAGCCAAUGGGCCCAGCCACCCCCGGCUGGACCCCGAGGAGAUCCAGAUGGCAGAUUACAUCUCCAAGAAUGUGCCAGCCACAGACCACGUCAUCCGGAGGGAAACCGAGACCACCUUUUCUGGGAGCCACUCCUGUUCUCCUUCUCACCACUGUUCCACGGCCACCCCCACCUCCAGCCACAGGCAUGAGAGCCACACGUGGAGCCUGGAACGUUCUGAAAGCCUGACCUCCGACUCACAGUCAGGCAUCAUGCUGUCUUCAGUGGGCACCAGCAAGUGCAACAGCCCGGCAUGUGUGGAGGCCCGGGCACGGCGGGCAGCAGCCUACAGCCUGGAAGAGCGGCGCGGGGCAGCCGUGCCACCUUACCAUGACUCCGUAGACUCCCUGCGUGACUCCCCACACAGCGAGAGGUACGUGUCGGCACUGACCACGCCCGCGCGCCUGUCCCCCGUGGACUUCCACUACUCGCUGGCCACGCAGGUGCCGACUUUUGAGAUCACCUCCCCGAACUCGGCGCACGCAGUGUCGCUGCCGCCGGCCGCGCCCAUCAGCUACCGCCUGGCGGAGCAGCAGCCGCUACUGCGGCAGCCGGCGCCCCCCGGCCCGGGGCCCGGGCCGGGCGCGGACAUGCAGCGCAGCUACGACAGCUACUACUACCCCGCGGCGGGGCCGGGGCCGCGGCGCGGGGCCUGCGCGCUGGGCGGCAGCCUGGGCAGCCUGCCCGCCAGCCCCUUCCGCAUCCCGGAGGACGACGAGUACGAGACCACGCAGGAGUGCGCGCCCCCGCCACCGCCGCGGCCGCGCGCUCGCGGCGCGUCCCGCAGGACGUCGGCGGGGCCCCGGCGCUGGCGCCGCUCGCGCCUCAACGGGCUGGCGGCGCAGCGCGCACGCGCGGCGCGGGACUCGCUAUCGCUGAGCAGCGGCUCGGGUGGCGGCUCGGCUUCUGCCUCGGACGACGACGCGGACGGGGCGCUGGCGGCCGAGAGCACGCCUUUUCUCGGCCUGCGCGGGGCUCACGACGCGCUGCGCUCGGACUCGCCGCCGCUGUGCCCGGCGGCCGACAGCAGGACUUACUACUCCCUGGACAGCCACAGCACGCGGGCCAGCAGCAGACACAGCCGCGGGCCGCCCCCGCGGGGCAAGCAGGACUCGGCGCCCCUCUAGGGGCCCCCGCCGCCCGCCGCCCCCUCCGCCUCGCCUGCCCCACUGUCUUUAAGGAGGACAGAGACCACCGCCUGGAGAGAAAAAGGAGGAAAAAAAGAAAUAAAAAUAUUUUUAUUUUCUAUA